GCCCGCAGGCUGGGUCUCAGCUUCUCCUGCGCCCACACGUCCUGACAGACAGAGACAGAGCAGAGAUGAACAUGAGCUUCGAAUCCACUCAGACCUCGUCUUACAGAAGGAGAUUUGGGGGUCUCGGCGCCACCCCCGGGAGCAGAUACAGCUUCACUAAGAGGUCUACUCUCCCAGUCUCCUCCAGAAGCUCUGUGGUCCGAAUGAAACAACACGUUAAUUAUCCAACUAAAGUUGCAGGGAUGUACCAGGAGAAGCUCAACUUCUCCCUGUCGGAUGCCCUCAACGCAGAGUUCAAGGAGACUCGAACCAACGAGAAGUUUGAGAUGAUGGAGCUGAAUGACCGCUUUGCCAGCUACAUCGAGAAGGUGCGCUUCCUGGAGAACCAGAACCAGGUCCUGGUCACCGAGCUCAACCAGAUCAAGGGGAAGGAGCCGAGCCGGCUGGGGGAGAUGUACCUGGACGAGAUCAGGGAACUGCGGCAGCAGAUGGACCAGCUGAACAGCGCCAAGGCUCGCCUGGAGAUCGAGAGGGACAGCCUGCUGGACGACCACAACAACCUGAAACAGAGGUUACAAGAUGAGAUGACUCUCCGUACCGAAGCUGAGCAUAACCUGGCCGCAUAUAAACAGGAUGUUGAUGAUGCUGCCUUGGUUCGGAUUGAUUUGGAACGGAAAAUCGAUUCCUUGCAGGAUGAGAUUGACUUCUUGAAGAAAGUCCAUGAUGAGGAAAUCCGGGAGCUGCAGCAACAGCACCAGUUGCAGCAGGUCCAUGUUGAGGUGGACGUCUCCAAGCCAGACCUCACCGCUGCCCUCAAGGACAUUCGCACCCAGUAUGAAUCUGUUGCCUGCAAGAACAUGCAGGAGGCAGAGGAAUGGUACAAAGCCAAGUUCUCCGAUCUGAAUGACGCUGCGACUCGCCAGGCUGAAGCUCUGCGCCAGGCCAAGCAGGAGGUGAACGACUAUCGCAGGCAGAUUCAGUCCCUGACGUGUGACCUGGAAGGUCUGAAGGGCACGAACGAGUCAUUGGAACGCCAGUUGCGUGAGAUGGAGGAGCGCUUCAGUUUUGAGACCAACAAUUACCAGGACAACAUCGGCCACAUGGAGACUGACAUCCAGAACCUGAAGGAGGAGAUGGCUCGUCAUCUGCAGGCAUACCAGGACCUGCUCAAUGUCAAGCUGGCUCUGGACAUCGAGAUCGCCACGUACAGGAAGCUGCUGGAAGGGGAGGAGAGCAGAAUUUCAAUGCCUGUCCAGAGUUUCUCCACUCUCCACAUACGAGAGACGAGCCUGGAAUCUAAAGGCACCACUGACGUUCAAGCAAGAAGGAACAUUCUGAUAAAGACGGUGGAGACCCGAGAUGGUCAGGUUAUUAAUGAGUCCAGCGCAGAACACAAGGAAGCGGCAUAAUUGAACAUUCCAGCCCAGUGCAAGAACACAUUAGUGUGGAAACUCCACUGUAGUUCGCUCGCACACCUAGAGUAGAUCUUUGCAGCCACAAUCGUAGUAGGAUGGGAAAGAAAGGAAGUGGAAUCUUGGGGUUGUGUGACACGUCAGCAUGUACAAUUACCUGGACGUGGGAAGGGCCUUCAUCCCUCUGGUCCCUGUGCACAUGGGCAUGGGAUGGUGACUCUCUGCACCUAUUCAAGUGAGCAGGGGCUUCAUCCCUCUGUUCCUCGAGUAAGUGGGCAGGUGAUGGUGUCUCUCUGUCACUGGUAGAAGUGGGCAAGGACUCCAUCUCAUUGAUACAGGGAAUCCUCAGCAGGUUAGUUAGUGUUUGUGGAGAAUUCAGGUAAUUGACAUUCAUGGUUCUGAAAUCCCAACUUCCUCCAACACGGUAUCCCUGACCUAGAACGUAGAACAGUACAGCACAAGGACAGGCCCUUCGGCCCACGAUGUAUGUGCAGAACAUGAUGCAACAUCAUCUGCUGUGCAUCUACAGCACUUCGUGCAUUCAUUUUGGAUUAAUGAAAUCUGCUUUAAUGAAAGUUUUUUUUUUUUAAUGUCCUUCCCAUACUCUCCACAACAGCAAUGUCAUUGCUACAAGCUUCAGAUAGAGCCUGAGGCAACAAACACCCUGUACAUGGGGAAUAAGGUAUUGUGCAAGUGUCCCUGUACACAGCGAGGCACUGCUGCUGCUGCUGCACAAACUGCAGGCAGUCACCCAACUCCCGGAUGCCAGAUUUCUACCUUUUACUGGAGAGAUUAAAGAAGCCACGAUGCCACAGCACCUGCACGUCAUCACCUCCAGCGACAGCAGAAGGAAUAGAAUAGACCAUAUGCAAACCACGGCAAAUGCUGUUCAGAUUGACUGAGAUCUGAAUGUGGCAGCACCUGUUUUAACUGUAACAACGGAAGAAACCUUAAUAUUUUUUUUGUCUCCAUUUAUUCUAACCACUUUCCGUAUUAACGCCUUGUUACUGUUCUUUAUACACAUCACCACUGCCUAAAAGUCUGAUUGCUUUUCUAAUGCAAAUGUAACAAUAAAAGUGUCGUGAAUAUCAGUGGAA